UUCCGGUCAACCAUUCAAAGGGCGUUCUGGCAUGUGCCUGUAUUUGUGACAGUUUAACAUUGAUGCUGCGCAGAGGUUCGAACCCCGAUCUCGUCUUUCAGAUGAUGACGUUAGGCAUACAGUUCUUGCAACGCACGAUGUAUGAUGCUCUCAGUAUUAAAUGUACCAGAAAAAAAGUUUUCUGUUUCCUUCUUGCCCUGGCUACCUCUGUGUGUUUCGGCCUGAUGACGUCACAGAUGACAUCAUUUAGAUCGCCUACAUACCUGUGGAAUUCAUCUAGUACAUCGGCAAACCUCUUGCUAAGAGAAAAACACCACAGCAUAGCAAUGGAUGGGAACGGAGUGCAGAUAAAUUGUUCAUGCCUUCAUGCCGACCUACCUCCAUCGUCUGAUGCCGUACAAUUGAAUGGACAGAAUAUCACCUCAAAAAAUAACCAGACAACAGCGAACAACCAGACAACAGAGAAAAAUACAAUAGAGAGUCAUCGCCUUGUUCCGAAAAAGGGGAAAACCAUUAUGAAUAAUUCUCUGACGGGUCUUUUAUGGAACUUUCAAGAAGAACGGGAUCAGCAGCUUUUUCUUUUCGAGAACUUACUACGUCAACAAUGGAAAGCCAAUUCAACCAGGACAGCCAUUCUAAGACAAGAGCUCGCAAAUUAUCGCUCGGAACUUGAAGACAAAUCGAAAAUUAUUCUGCAUCAAAAGAAUGUUAAAAUUGGACAAGUUGUGAAGUUCGUGUUUCAAGGAAAGGAGAAAAAAAUGACACGAGAUGUUUACAACAAGUACCUUCCCAAGAGCGAUCCGCUAGCCCCACAGGUAGGCAGAUAUUCUUCGUGUGCAGUUAUCGGAAACAGCGGUUCAAUGCUGAACAGUCACUGUGGUCAACAGAUCGAUAAACACGACUACGUGUUCAGGUGCAACCUGGCCCCUCUAGCCCCUUUCAAGGAAGAUGCUGGAAGCAAGAGUAAUUUUACUACAAUGAACCCUAGCAUGAUUUUUCGAAAUUUCCAAAGCCUGAAAAAUGCACAAAGCCUAAAGAAAUACCAGGAAGCUCUCUCGCAGUAUGAGGGUUGUUUAUGGGUUCCUUGUUAUGGCUUCUCUGGAUUUCUCUCCGUAGCUUUCAGAGCUAUUGCCAAGUUCAAUAAACCCAAACCUAAGAUGGUAUGCGGAAACCCAGCACACCAGAAAUCUGUUAUUGACUUCUGGGGAGAGAGGGAACUUAAUCAAAGACUAUCAACAGGCUUUUAUUUAGUUACAACUGCUCUGCAACUCUGCGACGAGGUACAACUCUACGGGUUUUGGCCUUUCUCCUUCCGGUAUAGCAACAACAAGACAGAUGUUCCUUACCAUUACUUUGAUGAUCUGUCUGUAUCGGAUGCAAAUUCGGUGCAUUCGAUGGACAAGGAAUUUAGCCUUUUAGUACAGCUCCAUACACUUGGCAUAUUACAUAUGAAUGUUGGACCAUGUAGCUAGCAAAUCAAUGUGUGCGUGUGUGUGCAAAAUGUGAUAGUAGAGGUGCUAAAUAACAGCAAAAUCAUUGUUGUUAUAUAUAAAAUGAUGGUCUUAGUGCUUUACUUUUCAUAAUAAUGGUAAACAUCUUUUACGUCAUGCGAUAGGGUUCAUGGAACAUUCACAAUGCGUAAAUAUGACAGCAGAAAUGGGCAGGAUGCAUUAUUAGGGGCCAUAGUUUUAUUUCAUUAAAACGCACAAACAUACACGAGACCGUUCACACUGGUGAAGUUUACUCUUUCAGGCCGGAAAUUUCUUUGCAAAUUUCCUGAUUCUGCCCCCAAAUCCCGUUAGAAAAAUGAACUUGGGGAGAGGUUUCUGCCAUAGCUUGUAAAUGUGCGUCGCUAGGUGCCAGGAGAGACGCCCUCCCGCCUGCAUUUUGAUCGUUAUCUAUUUAUGUAUAAUUAGUGUCUGGGACGUGCUUCCGCCGGAAACGGCGAUGAAUUUUUUAACCCUAAAAGGCCCGGGGUCGGAAUCCGCCCCUCAACAUUUUUCUCGAUUAAUCCGCCGUGCGAAUUUUUUGACCGCGCCACUCGCUGACUUUUUACUUUAAGGUCUCGCGCAACUUUUGAGACCAAAUUUGAUAUGCCCGGGUAAGCAAAAAAAUUACGCAAUUACGCAACAUUAUGUAAGUGCAUGUCAGACCAAAAACUGCUAAAAAACGUGAAUUCAUGUACAAAUCCA